AUGGUUACACGCUGGACGCUGGCUGUCACGUGGCUCGCAUUUUGGGCCACUUCUCCAGUUCCCGCUUUGCUUGAGAAAAUACCUGACCAAACAGGAGAGAUCAAUGGCCAUCAGAACUCGACGGAAACAACCGCGGCAGAACUGUUGAACGAAUUUGCAGGAGAGGAAGAUGUCGCCUCAAUAAUGGCAGAGUACGGCAAUUCGACCGUGCCUAGCGUGCUUUAUCAGUAG